AUGGCACCAUCCAUAGCACGCGUUAGCCGCCCGAACAACAAUGCACUACUAGCUUUGAUGGCAGUUUUAGCUGGGAUAGGGUUCUAUACGAUGCGCAUAACAACCGCCCAAAAUGACGUUCCUGUCGGUUUCUUAGAUGCAGCCGCGUCAGGAACUCUGCCCAACGGUGUGCUUCUCAAGAAGCACUAUACGGGAUUCCGUAUUCUCGACGAGGGAUUGUCUUUCUUGGUGGCUGCUUUCUUGUAUGGCCCGACGCAAUGGAAUGAGCCGUUCUACUGGCAACAACUCCAUUUUCUUCUUCAACUCACUGCCGUUAUCGCAGUCAAUAAUGUUGAAGCGUGCCGGGAGCGAAACCAGAGUAGUUGGCUGAAAUAUGUUUCCAUCUGGGCCUUCGUCUACCAGAACGUGGGAGGUGCCUGCAUAGUCACUAUCUGGUGGCUAGUCCUCCAUCGUGUCUCAGGUCCCAAAUCGUACUUCCAAAGCGGACGCACAGUUCCAUUGCGUUAUGCACGCGUGAUUCUUCCUGGCAUCUUACUACUCUACGUUGUACCCACGGUCGCAUUAUUCGUUCCUGGCCAAAGUUUAAACACGAUGCAGAACCUCAUCGCAUUCUGGCAGUUCGCACCCAUCUUCGCCAAUAUUCCGCUGUGGAUCGCUUUUUUCUCCGGCUCCUCUACUGCCGUUACUGCAAAGAACAAGAAUGCGGAUGUCCGAAGUCUAAAGAUUCUUUACGCUUUUGUUUUCGCUGUGUGUGUAGUAGCGCAUUGGUACACCAUCCGUGGUAUAUCUCUAUCCGACAACCCCGAUGUGACCUACGCUCGCGUCUUCAUCCCUAGUACCUACACAUGGAAGAAGGGUAUUGACUGGGGCUUACUGUUCAUCUUCCAGUGGGAUUGGAUCAUCAUUGGAUCAAUGUGCAUCAUCCCGUCUUGGGUCGCUGUAUGCGAUGUACAACGGAUGAGGAAUGGAGAAGCCACGCUCGAAAACAUCUUUGAAAGCUUCCUUGUUGUUAUAGCCGUGACAGUCAUGGGUGGCCCUGGUGCGGCGCUGGCUGCAGUCUGGUUUUGGCGAGAGGGCAAGAUGGCGGAAAUUGAAGGUGCAUCAGGCGUGAAGAAGGUGCAGUAG